CACUAGCUCGAUCUGGAUCUGGUAUUAAUAUACCGAAUUCGAAGUCCGAGCCUUAUCUUUCACAAUUAAUUCUGAAAUCUGAAGAAUAGUUGUUCUAGUUAUUAAAAUUUUCACAGACAGCCACAAUUUUGAUUCUUCUUUUUUGAUAGUCACACUAGUGAAAUGACAGGCACAGCAGUUAUUCUAUCUGGAACGGAAGUUUCCAAAGAGAUGAGACUAGAGAUGGCAGAAGAAGUAAAGAGACUGAAGGAGAGUUUGCCAGAGUUUGUGCCUCGCCUGGCCAUCGUUCAAGUGGGCGGACGUGAGGACUCUAACGUCUACAUCAGGAUGAAGAUAAAGGCUGCUAGUGAGAUAGGAAUAGAAGCGGAACACAUCAAGUUACCAAGGUCCACCACUCAGUCCCAGCUACUGACGAAAUUAAAAAUGUUAAACGAAAACCCUAACGUACAUGGGAUCAUCGUUCAGAUGCCUCUGGACUCAGAGAACAAAAUAGAUGCACAUCUUGUGACUGACAGCGUUGACCCAAGCAAAGAUGUGGAUGGAUUACACACCAUCAAUGAAGGCAUGGUUGCUGUUGGAAACAUGUCUGGAUUUGUCCCUUGCACACCUAACGGAGUUAUGGAGCUCAUAAAGAGGAGUCCGGUGCAGGUAGCUGGCAGCAAUGCUGUGGUGGUUGGCCGCAGCAAGAUUGUUGGCACUCCAGUGUCAGAGCUACUCAAGUGGCACCACGCUACAGUCACUGUCUGUCACUCCAAAACAAAGGAUAUACAGGAACAAAUCAGGCGGGCAGACAUUGUGGUGGUUGCGAUCGGGUCCCCACAGUUUGUCAAGGGAGAGUGGCUCAAACCCGGGGCCACUGUCAUAGACUGUGGCAUCAAUUCUAUCCCUGACCCGACGAAGAAAUCGGGCUCGAGGCUAGUCGGUGAUGUGGAGUUUGACUCGGCACAGAAGGUGGCCGGUUACAUCACGCCGGUGCCAGGUGGUGUGGGGCCUAUGACUGUGGCAAUGUUGAUGAAGAAUACAGUGAUAUCAGCUCAACGAACAGCAAAGGCUCUGUUGGAAGCCAGAUGGAAUAUUAAUCAUUUGCCUCUCUCACUGCACAGUCCUGUACCUAGUGACAUAGAGAUUGCCAAGGCUCAGGAGCCCAAGGAUAUUCAACAGCUGGGGCGAGAACUGGGUCUGGCUCCUGGAGAAAUCCUCCCAUACGGCAGUAAGAAAGCCAAGGUCACACUGUCUGUGUUGGAUAGACUCAAAAACAGAACUAAUGGCAAAUAUAUUGUUGUGGCUGGAAUCACCCCUACACCUUUGGGAGAAGGCAAGAGCACUACAACAGUAGGGCUGGCACAGGCGCUAUACGCUCAUAAGCACAAGAACACAUUUGCAUGUGUACGACAACCCUCCAUGGGACCUACUUUUGGUAUUAAAGGGGGUGCCGCGGGUGGAGGCUACUCCCAGGUAAUUCCGAUGGAAGAGUUCAAUCUGCACUUGACAGGUGACAUCCACGCUAUUACUGCUGCUAACAACUUGCUAGCAGCACAGCUAGACACUAGAAUCUUCCACGAGGCCACGCAGACUGACUCUGCUCUCUACGAUAGACUGGUGCCCAAGUUGAAGGGUCAGCGUACAUUCUCUGCCAUACAGCUGAGGAGGCUACAGCGUCUCGGCAUCACCAAGACAGAUCCUGAGUCUCUAACAGAUGAGGAGAAGAAGAUGUUCGCACGGCUAGAUAUUGACCCUGCCACUAUCACCUGGACUAGGGUGGUGGAUGUAAAUGACAGAUUCUUGAGGAAAAUUAUCAUCGGAGCAUCUGACACAGAGAAGAACAUGACAAGGGAAACUAGUUUCAGCAUCACAGUGGCCAGUGAGAUAAUGGCAGUGUUGGCAUUGGCAAAGAACUUGGAGGAUAUGAAGACUCGACUGGCCAACAUGGUAGUGGCCAUGGACAGAAGCGGGAAACCUGUCACUGCUGAUGACUUGGGCAUGACUGGGGCUCUAGCUGUACUGCUAAGAGACUCAAUACAGCCCACACUCAUGCAGACACUGGAAGGUUCUCCCGUGUUCGUGCAUACAGGACCCUUCGCCAACAUUGCCCAUGGCUGUUCUUCUGUCAUCGCAGAUGCCAUCGCACUCAAGGUUGCCGGCAGGGACGGAUAUGUCAUCACGGAAGCCGGCUUCGGUUCUGAUAUUGGUAUGGAGAAAUUCUUUGACAUCAAGUGUAGAUCAUCAGGACUGGUCCCAGAUGCCAUCGUGUUGGUCAGCUCAGUGAGAGCGCUAAAGAUGCACGGUGGAGGGCAUCCUGUCACCCCCGGCCGCCCCCUCGAUCAGACUUAUCUACAGGAAAAUCUCGAGCUGCUGGAAAAAGGACUUCCGAAUCUUGUAAAACACAUAGAGAAUGGAAAGAAGUUUGGUCUUCCUGUGGUUGUAGCCAUCAAUAGCUUUAUGACUGACACAGACUCUGAGCAUCGGUUGGUGCGAGAGGUAGCUCUGGCAGCAGGGGCCUAUGAUGCUGUGGUCUGUUCCCACUGGAAUGAGGGAGGAAAGGGAGCUGUAGGGCUGGCAGAUGCUGUCAUACAGGCCUGCCAGAGUUCUCAUCACUUCCAAUUUCUGUACGAUUUAAACCAGCCUCUGCUCAAAAAGAUGGAAAAGGUAGCAUUUGAGAUGUACGGAGCUGGGGAGGUCAAGCCUACACCACAAGUGUUGGAAAAACUGCAGCUAUUAGAGCAGAAGGGAUUUGGUGGGCUGCCAGUGUGUAUGAGCAAGACUGCUCUCUCACUCAGUGGAGACGCCAAUGUCAAGGGUGUUCCGACUGGUUUCACACUGCCCAUCUCUGAUGUCUACCUCUCAGCCGGGGCUGGCUUUGUUGUAGCAAUGGUGGGAGAGAUCUCUAAAAUGCCCGGUCUGCCCACAAGACCUUGCAUUUACGACAUUGAUCUUGACACACACACCGGGGAGAUCCUUGGGCUCUUCUGAAGCAGAGAUAUCAGGAAUUCUGCUCAGGACUUAUGUCCUUUUCUUGUGCUCAAAUAUGCCUUAAGAUCAUUUUAUAACAUCAUUAUUUUAGAAUUUACUUUAGUUUGUAAAUUAAUUACUAUUAAACAUAUGUAAGUUAUUUUUAUAUAAUUUGUAAUAUUAUCUUUAAAAUUAGUAUUUUAAGUAUUGGAAAUCAAAGUAAUAGUUGUUUAUAAUUUAUAUGUGCACGAGUUUUCUAUCUAAAAUCACAUUGAAAUGUUAGAUGAGAUCAAAAAGUUUAUUAUUCUUUUCAUCCCUGCACGUAACCUGUCACAAUCUGGUGUGGAAAACUUUAUUUCCAUACAACGUUUCAGAACUCUUACAAACAUUGAGGAAAAAAGAAUCUUAUUACAAACAGAAAUGUCUUGUUUUUCCUCUAUCUAUUAUUUUUUUUUAAUUUUUACAGUGAUCCGCAUAGUACUAAAAAGUAGUGUUAUUUGUUGUAGAAUUAUUUGUCUAUAACAACUGAAUUUUAUUGAAAAAUUAAAAGUACUUUCUCUAGUUUUAAAAUGGCUUAUGUUUCAGUAAUAAUAUCAAAUAUAACCAAAAAUAUAUCAAAUAAAUUGGUACAUAAUUAGGUAAGUUUCAGAAAAAAUGCCUUUCUGCCUUUAUACUAUUAUAAGAAGCACUAAUUCCAUGUCACCAACUAUAGUGUUAUACAUAAACAAUGUACUUUCUCAUCCAGUUUUUAAAUAGAUACAUUAUAUUUUUAUACAUAUAAUGCAUACAAUAUAAGAAUAAGAAUAAGAAAUAUUUUAUUCCAAACUUUGUACAAAUUUACAAUAAAUGAAAUGGUGGAAAUACUAGCCAUCUGAACAAGUAGCGAUGGCUAGUGCAAAGAAAACUUAACUAAGUGUUUUACACUGACAGUCAGUCUACAUAGCUAUCUUCUUGUGUACCUGGUCGACACCAGGUACGACAUACAUAUAAAAGUGUAUUAAGUAUAUUUUUUUAAAUAAAAAUAUAAACAUCUUGUAGAAUAUUUUUAUAUUAAGAGAAUUUAAAAAAAUAUAAACAUGUUAUUUUCUAUAAUACAACAAUUUAACUGCCCUCUAGAUUGAUUAUAAAUUGAAAAAAAAAUAUUUUGAAAUCCCACAGAAAUACUUUUUAUAGGAGAAGAAAUUUAAAUUUAAAAAGUAAAAGCCCAUAAAAGAACCUUUAUAUCUGUUUGAUUAAGCUGGACCCUUAAACUGUAUUUUUAAUGUAAUGUUGUAGGAUUUUUCUGACAUUAACCAUUGUUCUGUGGUCUAGAAAUUAUUAACAAUAUGUUUUGAGAUCUGCAAUCUGAUUUCUUUCUGAGAUGUAUAUAAUAAACCUACACAUAACUAAAAUACAGGUUAAAACAAGCAAAGCUUAUCAAAACAUUGUAACAUGCAUAAGUAAGGAAUUAUAAACAAACAUGUUUCAAUUCCGUGCACACUAUCUUUAAAACACGCUCUAAAUAAAACAAACAGUAAUUAUUCAAAAAUGAACUAAAAUAUGGGUCAUAAGCUCUAACCAACCUUUGACAACCUAACAGUGGUCAAUGGUAUAUAGUGAUUGUUAUUGCAGAAACAAAAAGGUGAAACUAAGAAACUAAGAGAACGGGAGUGAGUCUCUAUUAUAUUUAUUCUAAAUGAACUUCUCAAACUAUUCUGUGACUGCAUCGUUUUAAUAGAAAUCUUUGUACUGUUUGAGUCUUUAGCUAUUGUUUUUAGUUAAUUUUUAAUUAUUAGCAACUAAAGCAGCGUAUUUCAUCUGAUGGUUCACUAAGCGAGAGUUAAAGGGGCUAAGAGUUUAUUGUAAAAUCAAAGCUACACUUAGCUCUUAUUUAAUGUAUAUGAAUAUAUUCAGUAGUCAUUUGUUCAUUGUUAUAAAUAGUAAUAUACUUUCUUGUAUCUUAAUUACAUUUGUUUAUUAUAUGAGCUUCCAAAAUAUCAGUUUAGUUCUUAAUAAUUAAUUAUAACUUAUUUAAUUUUAAUUUGCCUAUAACGUUUAAGUAUGAAGUGCUAUUCAACUUGCUGGAUUGUAAUAUUUACAUCUACAAACAUUGUUAAUAUUUUUUAUUGUUAAUAUCCUUUUUAUAUUAUUCGUUAAAGACUGUUAUUUACGUAACAUUCCACUGUGUGGCUGUUAAAAUUUGUAUUUUUACACUCUAUAUUGCUAGUUUAUAAAUAUAUUUUCAAUGUUUAUA